UGCGGAAGUAUGUUCGUAAUCUGUGUACCUAGUUCUGAAGAAUGGGAAUGUAAAACACUGUUUUGCGUGUUAAAUAUGACGCACGUUGAGGAAACUCUAAUGGAUUAAAAUGUGGACUUUUAAAAACAAUAUUGCCAUAGCUACGCACUGCUGUUUCCUGCUGCAAUCCCUGACCAGUCGCGGCAUUAAUAUUAUUGUACUGCCGUUAAAAACACAGCAGAACAGAGUUUUUUAUAGAAUGAUUUCAGGCAAACCCGGACCACUUCAGAGAGAGCACCGUUCGAAGAAAAGGAUGCAUACCGCUUCCGAUUGUGACGCAAAUAGAAACCCGGUCGUUAAGCAGGUCUCAGUAGAAGGCAAUAUCGCUGUUGGAAAAUCAACAUUUACAAGACUUUUGGGGAAAACUUUUACCCAGUGGGAAGUUGUUCCAGAACCAAUUAGUAAAUGGCAGGAUGUUACAUCAAACACUAAACUAGAAGAUAUAACCAGCCUUACAGCAUGUGGAGGUAAUUUACUUCAGUUGCUGUAUGAUGAUACAGUUCGAUGGGCUUUUACAUUUCAGACAUGUUCCUUGUUGAGUCGCAUCAAAGCCCACUUGGAGCCUUCAUCAGAAAAAAUGCUGAAGGCUAAAGAUCCAGUCAAGAUUUUUGAGAGAUCUGUGUACAGUGACAGAUAUGUAUUUGCCAAAGCUGUGUCUGAAAUGCACUUCAUUAAUGAAGUUGAGUGGGCCAUUUACCAAGACUGGCAUAAUUUCCUCAUGCAGGAGCUUGGUACAAGACUCUGCUUAGAUGGGAUUAUAUAUCUUAGAGCUUCUCCAGAGGUUUGUUUAGAACGGUCACACAGGAGGGACAGACUUGAAGAAAAGGGACUUUCUGUGGAUUAUUUGGCAGAGCUUCAUCGCCAGCAUGAAAACUGGUUAAUUCACAGAACUGCAGAUAUUCAUUUUGAACAUAUACAAAAUAUCCCUGUAUUGGUACUGGAUGUCAAUAAAGAAUUUGAAGACAUUGCUGAAGAAGAAGAAAAACUUGUAAAUCAGGUGAAGAACUUUAUAAAGACUUUGUAGUUUGGAGCCGUCAACCUGCAACUCUUCCGUUGUCAUGUUACAAUUCUGCAGUCUCUCUGAAAAACCUAAGGAAAGCAGAUCAGUCACAUCUUGCCCUGUUUUAUGAUGCGGUUAGAACCAAUGCAUUGUACUUAGUACUAUAAUGCAGUAUUUGGUCUAGAAGUAAAAAACAAACUACAGUGCUCUUAUUUUUGUCUUAAAAAGGUUUUAUUCAGACUGCCCAGUUAGAAAGAUGAGACCAGCCCACAACCAAAUUGUAGAAAGAUUCCCUCAUUAUUGUUCAGUACAGAAGCAUUAUACAGGUUCCAUUAUAGCACACCAUGAAUUGUUCCAGUGGCUUGGAUGUGUGUUUAUUCCUUAAAAUUUGAGAAGCAUGAAUCUGCUACUGCAAUCAGACUAGAACAUAAUCAUUACAGAUGGCCAAGGUAAUAUUAUCAUUGAAUAUCCACCUAACUUGAUUUGUUGAACAGAUUUUCACAUAUACCAGUUGCAUCUGUGCCUAAAUUGAUUGCUAAGUGCAGUUCUGAAUAUUUUUCAGGGCAGUAUUAAUAUAGUUUAAGCUACAAUGACAUUUGCAUUAUUUACACAUUAAUUUUAAUGUUUUAUUGUGUAAAAUACCGGUAGACGUGAAUGCUUUUUAAUAUUUUUUAAAGUCAUCUUUUACAGAAAGAUGUUUGUAAUGAAACUGCUUUCAUUACAGUUUGAGCACAUACCAGUACUUGAAAUCUGUCAAAAUCAGUAGUCUUCUUCACUCCUUUGGUUCUUUUCUUUAAAGAAACUCCUUUUAUCCUCAAGCUAUACCUCAUUUUAAUAAUCUAUAAUAAUGUACCUCUCAGCUAUAGUCAUGGCAAUCUUUUGCACUGUUUGGAGCCACAAAAUAGCACUGUUAUGUUUAAGUGGUAGACAGAAAGCUAGAGAUGUUUCAAAAUAAACUGAUUUAGUGUUUCAGGAAAGGUAUUUUCUUUGUGAAAAGGUUUUUGUAAUAUUUUGAGACAUGCAGAUGUUUGAUGAUUUUUGCAGCUUUAAAAAAAUGUUGCUGUCUUAGCUGAAACUAUACUAUGUUACUGUCCAAAAGUGUCUGCCUGGUGGGGCAGAAAGCAUGCUGUGUAAUAGUUGUAAGAAAUUCAGUUUUUUGUUGCAAUACUGCUGUAAGCUGUAGGAAGAUGACUGCUUUCUGAGGCACUUCUGUCUUUAUGUAGUACUACAUGUUAAUGUUGCUAUCUGGCCUUGUAUUGAUUAAUGCAUUUUAUUCUGUCUGCAUAACUUUUUUGACCCACUGACUCAGACUCUCCAAUUUUAUUGUAAUGACCUAAAUCUGUGUGAAUGUCUGUUUCAAAGUGCAGUAGAACUUGCUGGUUGCUGUCUAAAUUAUUGAGAUUUCCCUGUUCACUGUAUUAUUUAUUUUGAUUUUGUUUCUUCUUUUGUCGACCAUUUCAUCUUCUAGAUGUCACCUAGAAAGGAAGGUAGCAUGGCAGCAGGUAGGAUUGUAAAUGCCAGUGUGUAGAUGGUUAUUAUUAGGAUUGUUAUUGGUGGGUUACUUGGAAAUCAGUUUCUGGCACAGUCUUCUGGAUACUUAUCUGACCAGCAGUCAGAAAAACUUGCAACUGAGUAUGUUCUUUUGUGUCUUUUAUCAGUCACUUGUUCAGUCAGCAGGUGGUCACAUAUAGUUGUAUAUGCUGUGGUCUGAAGAUGCAUUGUUUUUUGUGCAAUAAAAGUCAGGGGUUAUAUUUUUUUUAAUUUAAUUAAGAUAUGAAUAUGUUAUCAGCAGUUUUAAAGUAUUUUGUAUAAACAAUGCUACUCUCCAUGAUUUUUGUUUCAGGUGUUAGUUUCCGGAGUUUUUCACAAAGUUAUCUGCACCCAUUUUCUUACUGAAGGAUGGUCAGCAGCAGAAGCUGAUCAGCACAUUCACAUUUAGAAUGUCUGGUUAGCUUAAAGAGUAUGCCUGUUUGUUGUGCUUACUGUUUUCCUCUGGUGGUGUGGAACAGAGAUUUAAGGCUGUGAACUGCUAAUAAGCUUUAUCCUACAGUCUGUGGUUGUGUCGGUCUAUCUCAGCUUUUUUUACAUAACCCUUAAUGAGCCCUUAACCAUACCAUGGUCUCUAGCUCAUUCCCAAAGACAGGCAUUUGUGCUUAGUCUUGCCUAUUUAUCAGAUGAAGAAAAAUAAAAUAAUGGCAGGUUGCACUGAAGCUAGCCGUGCAAAUUUUGAAAGUUGCUAAAACAGUUUGUCAAAAGUGUAUAUCACUUUUUUGCAUGUUUAUAAUUGUAUGCAGUUUAUGUAGUGUAGGACCAAAGUCAACUGAAACUGCUUUAAACACUGUAGGGGAAAAGCACAGGAUUUUUAAAGAAAUAAAAGAUGUCUCCCAUAUCUGGAUUUUAUUCUUAUGACUCUAGACAAGCUAAUUAUUCACAUGCGGGAUCAAACAACCCAGUGUACUCUGAAUGAUUCCAGAGAGGACUGGAGAAUUCUUUAAACUCUGCAUCAGCCAGGGCAGUGUAAUUCCUGAAAUAUUAGAUAUAGCUGCCUAUUGUAGUCUCCUUUUCUUCUUGUAACCAGCUAGGUAUAACAGAAGAGGAGUUUGACAUCUUGAAGCAAUUACGCAUCUCUGCUAAUUCUGUAGUAGCAUAGUAACACCAUCUUCCAAAAGGUUGAACAAGAAAUCCAAAGUAUUUUUUUUAAAGAAAUUGGGUGUUCUGGCCACAUUCUUUUUUGUGUCAUGUCAAGAAAGCCAGAGCUGAACAAGCAUUUUAACACAUUUUGUUGACCGUCACUGAAUGGAUUAUCAGGAAUGAAAACCUGUGCACAUGUUUGGGUUGUGUGUGUGUCUUCCUCAUAAACGUUUUUAACAUUUUUUUUAAUGUGUUCUUCCAUUUUUAAGAGUUUAUGUAGAGUCUUCAUUCAAAUGCACUCUCCAGGAUAGAACACUUGAAUCCUUUUUUGUUUGGCAUGUCAAAUAGGGCAUUUGUGCUUAGACUUUUGCUGCUGACUGUUUACAAGUGAAGGAAAUUUGAUGAAACAUUGCCCUUAUGAGGUAGUAUUUUAAAAGCAAUUGAAUAUAAGCAUACAUCUUUCCAAAGCAGUAUUUAUGAAAUAAUGCUUGUGGAAUCCCUGAAUCUUGCAAGAUCUUUAACUUGUAACCUGACAAGUCAAAAGAUUUAUGUUGCUGCUAUAUUAAUAAAUUCUAAACAUCAUUUGAGACGCCCUAGAUGAAUCAGAUCA